GUAUUAUGCGCAUUUUUAGGCCACUUGGUCUGAUGACUCUGAAGAGAAGUAUAUAAACUUCGUUUUCAUCGCCACUGACCUUUUCCUCCUCAUUUCUUUUCCACAAUCGACAUUUCUGCUCCGUAAUCUCAACUUCAUCACCAUCAAUGGCGAAAGAGCCCGUUCGAGUUCUCGUCACAGGAGCCGCAGGACAAAUAGGGUAUGCUCUUGUCCCUAUGAUUGCUAGAGGAGUGAUGUUGGGUCCCGACCAGCCUGUAAUUUUGCACAUGCUUGAUAUUCCACCUGCUGCGGAGUCCUUGAAUGGGGUGAAAAUGGAGUUGGUUGAUGCUGCAUUUCCUCUUCUUAAAGGUGUUGUUGCUACUACUGAUGUUGUUGAGGCAUGCACUGAUGUCAAUAUUGCUGUCAUGGUUGGUGGGUUCCCAAGGAAGGAAGGAAUGGAAAGAAAAGAUGUGAUGACAAAAAAUGUCUCCAUCUACAAGUCUCAAGCCUCUGCUUUAGAGAAGCAUGCAGCUGCAAAUUGCAAGGUGCUGGUUGUUGCUAAUCCAGCGAACACCAAUGCAUUGAUCCUCAAAGAGUUUGCUCCAUCCAUCCCUGAGAAAAACAUAACAUGCUUGACACGACUGGAUCACAACAGGGCUCUAGGUCAGAUAUCAGAGAGGCUGAACAUUCAAGUCAGUGACGUUAAGAAUGUUAUAAUAUGGGGAAAUCAUUCCUCGAGUCAGUAUCCUGAUGUCAACCAUGCAACUGUUAAAAUACAAGGUGGGGAAAAGCCUGUUAAGGAGCUUAUUGCCGACGAUGAAUGGCUGAAAGGGGAAUUCAUCACCAUUGUCCAACAACGAGGUGCUGCAAUCAUCAAAGCGCGAAAGCUCUCAAGUGCGUUAUCUGCUGCUAGUGCUGCUUGUGAUCACAUACGCGACUGGGUGCUUGGAACACCAGAGGGUACUUGGGUUUCCAUGGGGGUAUACUCUGAUGGAUCUUACAAUGUACCGGCUGGGCUCAUCUAUUCUUUCCCAGUUACUUGCUGCAAUGGGGAAUGGACUAUUGUACAAGGACUUCCAAUUGAUGAGUUUUCGAGGAAGAAACUGGAUGCAACGGCAGAUGAACUGACCGAAGAAAAGGCUCUGGCAUAUUCUUGUCUCUCUUAAACCUCCCUUGCUUUUUGAGUGGUAAGAUUCUGAGUUUCUAUAUGUGAGUACCAGCUAUGGUUUUUGAACAAUAAAGCGAUCAGCUUCUGUAGGAACUUUUGAUGGAGAAGUCACUUCUUCCCUAUUGUUGUUUUGUGCCAUUCUCAUGUAGUGAUUUGAGUUUUGGAACUUCAAGAAUAUGAUGUCCCUUUUGGUCUGUUCAGAUCCUACCUGCAUAAUUAGAUGCCGUUCUGAUUCGACUUUGAUCCUCUAUUUUAAUCAAAAAGUCCUCAUCCUAUUUUCUCCAA